GGAGGGUGCGUGGGGAGAGAGCGUUCUGGAAGGGGCACACCCCCGGGCAGGGGAGGAUAAAACCCGCUGCUCGCCGGCCCCAGCUCAGCACCGCUCCAGACCCUGCACCGAGCAGAGCCGCAGCACACGCCGGGAGCACACACCAGGAGCAGAGAUGCUUUGCCGCCUGCACUUCAUGCCACCCACAUCCAGCGCUCUGUUCCCGUGGCUGGGACCCGUCCGCACCCUCUGGCCACAUCCAGGCACCCUCUUCGCCGAGCUGGAGCGAGAACUGCGGCUGGAGAUGGAGAGGGCUCGGGAGUUCAUGAGCAGCUUCGAGCAGUUCCUGAGCAGCGGUAGCAGCCCCGGCCGGAUCGGCAUCGCUGCUGAGCGAUGCCCAAGCACCAGCGCAGCCCUGACCCAGGGCUCCGGGGAAGGCUUCUCCGUCUGCCAAGAUGUGAAGGACUUUGCGCCUGAGCAGCUGUCGGUGAAGGUGGUGGGCAGGAAGGUGGUGCUGGUGGGACAGAAGGAGACGCAGAACGUCGAUGAGAAGGGCUCCUUCUCGUACAAGUACGAGGUGCUGAAGCGGGAGUGGGACGUGCCUGAGGAGGUGGACGCCGAGGCGCUGACGUGCUCCCUGUCCAAGGAGGGGCAGCUGCGCAUCGAGGCCCCCAGGCUGGCACUGCCGGCCGCCCCGGAGAGGAACGUGCCCAUCCAGGUCAGCCCUGCAGCCCCACAGCCCGGACCAGCCUCUGAGGACGGAGCUGCCAAGAAAGCCCAGAUGUAA